AAGAAUUCCAUGCUGUAUUUGGGGGAAAUUAGGCGACAUUCUCCAUUCUGCCUGUAAUCAAGACGAUGGAAUGGUGACUUUGCUUUUCCGGUUUGCUAAAAUUGGAAGGUUUAGAGGAGAACUCCAACUCUCUAAUUCCUUUGAUGCUUCUCAAAUGAUCAUCAACCCUACAAUACCCGCAGUAGAAGCAUUUAAAGAUAUGUAAGGGCAUUAUCAAUUAUUUAUUUAUCCAUAUUUCCAUCUCUAAUAUACUAAUUUGAAAACACAUUCUAUUAUAAGGGACACUGGUGAUGAUACUACUCUGAUGACAAUUGCGAGUAAUGAGGAGAGUCAAAAGUACAACAAGCAAAUUGGUCAUCCAGAUAAGCGAGGACAAAAAGAUAAAUGGUUGCUAUCACAAACUAAGAACAUCAGAGAAAUGAAAUCAUCAACUCAAGUUGAAAGAUGUUUACUGACUUGCACAAUCGACGCAAUUGAUAGUGAUUGGUCCUGGUAUUACUUUGGUUGUGAUGGAUGCCAAAAGAGGGUGACCAAAACAGGAACCAUGAUUAAGAAAGUGAAUGGAAGUGAAAUCACCACUCAUAUCUGGUGGUGUGAGACAUGCGACGACACUGUCAUCAAAGUUUCACCCAGGUUUUGGCUUCAUUUGAUGGUCAAAGAUGAUACAGGUGAUGCAAAAAUUAUGAUCCUAGACAAGGUUGCUAAUGGGAUUGUUGCGGAAUCUCCACUUAAAUUGUUGAAUGGAAGCUGGGAUGAGUUUGAAGACUCAAGCGUGAUACCAGACGCUAUUACUGAUUUAAUUGGAAAAAGUUUCACAUUUGGAGUCUAUGUUGAGAAGGAUAAUGUAUCUUAUGGUGCUGAGAUGUUCAAAGUCGGGAAAAUCUACAAAGAAAGGAUCAAUUUUCUUACUGGUUCAAUCACACCAGCUCACUCUGAUACGCCGAUGGCAAUUACCAGUGGUGAUGAGGGUUCUGUUUACUUAACUGAUAGCCAAGAACUCUACGACUCUGUCUCCACACCAUCCAGUAAGAGAAAAGAAGACUCUAUUUCUCUGCCUGACAUCAGUUCAACAUCAAAGAAACCAUGCUUACUGACAGUAAAGAUUGAGAAGGCUCAAGAGGAUGCUAAGAAACGUGGCUAAGUUUGGAAGUUGACUGCUUGGAUUAUUUUUCUGCUUUUUGUUUUUAGUUUAUUGUUUUAAUUAUUGGGUUUUUGCAUCUUUUGAAAACUUCUGUUGGAUUUGUGCUUUUCAAUUCGUCUAUUUAUCCAUCUUUUAUAAUU